AUGGAAUCAUCCCUGAAAUAUGACUUAGAUCAGUAAGUAUUCCAAUCUUUGAAAAAGGUGAUCUGGGUGAACCAAAGAGCAACAGACCGAUAAGUCCACUGUCAGUGAUAGGGGAAUUCUAUGCUAAGCACCUUUUACUUAAAUUACUUACCUGGAUGAAAAAAUCUAAACUUACCAGGAAAAGAACAAAUAGGUUUUUCCAAAGGCUGCCCUAUCUUAGACCAUUGUCUCAUACUUACACAUUUGGUUGAAAAAUAUAGACUUCAAAACCAAUCCAAUAUUUUUGAAGCUUUCGUAGAUUUUUGUGGUGCCUUUGAUUCAGUUGAUCUUGUGAUAUUGUAGAAGAAGCUUGUAGAGUUAGGAAUCAAUCCACGCUUGCUAAUCUUAAUACAGAAAUUAUAUUCCUUUAACAUCUGCCCAAUCAAACCCAGUGCCAAAGUUCACUUCUCUUCCGACAUCCCUAAUAUGAAAGGUGUAAAACAAGGGUGUAUUAUUGCCCCUUUUCUUUUUAAUUUAUUUUUAUCAGAUCUUCCAGAGCACAUUCAAAAAAUAGAAUCACAUGCCCCCACUGUUACUGUAUGUGGAUGAUGUGGUCUUAUUAUCACUGACGAGGAUAGGACUGAAACGUCUUUUACUCUCCCUGGUUUCCUAUUGUGAAACCAGUAAACUCUCAAUGAAUUAUGAGAAGAUAAAAAAUCUGAUCUUCUCUAAUUCCUGGAAAUUAGAGAAAUGGAAAAUAAGAUGACAAGAAAUCCAGCAAGUAAAGAUGCACAGAUAUCUCAGAAUUUUAUUCCAGCACAACUCAAGUUGGCCAAACCAUUGCACAAGUGCUAUAAAACAAAAACAGCAGUAGCUUGUUUUUAUUUUCAGAAAGGUAACCAAUUUAUAGCAGCUGCUACUCAAAUUUUUCAAGCUAAAGUGUUGUCCCAGUUACUUUUUAGGAUCCCAAUAUGGAUACAAGCUUAUGAUAGUGAUUUAGAUAAGAUACUCAAGUUUCUUGAGACAUAUCCUGGGGCUCCCAAGUUCAAUCAAGUAUCAGAUGAUGUGUGUAGAACUAGGUAUACACACGAUGGAAUAUUGGGUGUGGGCAAGCACUAAAAAAUACCGGUUGCAUUGCCAUUUCCGUUGCCAACCUUCAAAUCUGCUUUCUGACAUCCCUAAGGACUCUUAUAAAUCCAGAUGGUUCCAACUCUUACAUAGCAAAAUCAGAUCUAUUGGUAUUGACUUGGAAUUCUUGCAUAAUUCAAGUGAGCAAUAUAUUUAUCAUAAUAUUCAAAUCAUAUUAAGGGACACUGAAAAACAAAACAUCAAGUCAGCUGUAAAUAAAAUUUGCUCCCCCAAGUUUUAUGGUUUAAAUCCAACAGGGUCACUUAUAUUUCAAAAUUAAUAAUUCCAGUCUAAUGCAGGGCCUUUACGUUAGCCCGACUGAACGUUUCCCUCUCAGCUUUGGUCAAGGGCAGAUAUUUAAACAUCCCCAGAAACAAUAGGCAUUGUGGAUGUUUUCUGAAUGUGCUGGACACAGUAGAACAUAUUCUUUUCUACUGUCCAUUAUACAACCAGCUACGCAAAACAUGUGCUAUCCCCUUUUCUGGGUAGUCGAACAUCAUGGCACAAUGAAAAUAUCAUGAUUCCUAUCUGUCUGACAUGAACCUGGAAGUAACUGCAAUGGUGGCUGAGUUUUUAUCAAUAGAAUCUCUUAAGAGUGGUGAACAGCACUAUUUAGUGGGAAGAAACUACAAUGAAAAUCCUCGUUAUUACAUAUUUUUACAUGGCUGUUUAUUUGUAUAUAUUCUAAAAUGUUAUAUAUGGACAAUUUAUGGCCUAUAUUUGUAAUGCCUAAUAAAGGUUUGGCAAAGUAAGUACUGUAAGUAGAUGUAAGGGCUGCCAUACAUCCGGAUUUUCUGUCUGUGGGGAAUUUCCAAAACGUGGUGCUUUCUCCUGGAUCUAAGUCAAGCCAAUAGAAAAAUUGUGUUUUUCAGCUCAACAAUUUUUGUAGUUUCCUAAAAAAAGCAAGAAAAAAAGCUCAUCUUCCAAAAAAAAGAGGAAUCCUAUGGCAAUCCUAGGUCAGGACCGUCCCACCUAUGAGGCAAGCUCGAGCGGUGGCCUUGGACGGCAGGAUCAAUGGGCCCAGUGGACCCCAACAUAUCGCUUUAUUCCUCUCUUGUUCCUGAUGUAGAUCUGGACUCACCCCUUCUUCCCCAGAGGGGAGGAGGGGGCGUCAUUUUGCUUUGCCUCAGGUGCCAAAAUGCCUUGGGACGGCUGGCCCUUGUAGAGAUGCUAAAGCAUCUGGCCCAGUUGAAGGCUGAAGUCCUGUCACUUCCUAGGCAGCAGUAAGCCUCCUUGCGAAGGGGCUGCAGUUACAGCCUCUCAGAGAGGGAGCAUGUCGUGAGACAUAUGUAUUAUGUAUGCGUAAAGUUGCACUGUGAAUUUGCGUGCCUUCGAAGGCGCCUCAAGUACAGACCAGCUCGGCUUCUCCUCAGCCUUUGCACGGCCUUAGCGCGUUCUUACCUAAAGGCCUUUUUAAACCUUUCCUAUUGGUUAGUGAUGAUGUAAUACGACAGAACAUACGGGCACUUUUCUCUCUGUUCUCUCCCUCCCCCCCGCCUCCGCCGUCCUUCCCGUUCCUGGUAAGUACUGGAGAGAAGGCCGCUCCAGCGCUCAGCCAAUCACAGCGUAGAGGGUCUAUUGUGGCCUGGGGGGGUGGAAUAGGGAAGGGCUACUUGCUCGGUUGCUUUUCAAACACCGCCUUCGUUCUCAUACCCCGCCCUCCUCCCCCCAAUCGAUGUGCAGGGAUUCACGCCUGCGUCCUUGGCUAUUUGAGAAGCUUAUUAUGAAGGACGCGGAAGCUGGCGAAGAUAGGCAACUUUCGCAGCCAAUAGUAAGAGGGGAACAAUGGAGGUGGGGGGGAAAUAGGAGGAAGUUAGCGUUUGGUAAGAGAAAGGAGUAGGGAGGGGCGGGAGAAGAAGUUAAUUGGCACUUACUUCGACCAGUGACAUUCCAUACUGCAUAGCCUAUGUUUUUUUUAAAAAAUAUUGCGCAUAGGUGAGGACGGCGAGCUUGGCAAACUUGAUUGGCAACGACAGCAGCCAAUAGGUACAAAGCUGAGACAGAGGCGUACACCCAACGGGCAUUUGUGGAAAUAAGCUGGCGAGUAAGUGGCAAGUGAGCGAACCAAUGGACAACCAAGAAGCGAGAACCUGACAGGCAGGAAACCCAAUGGGGAUGCGAGCCGAGGGCCGCGCAUUGAAUGACGGCCUUUGCGGCCAAUGGCAGAGGGCUUCUCACCCUUCUCUUUUGCGUGUGCGUGCCGGCAGGACCGAAUCCACUUUGAAGCGCUUGUGUGAAGGGAGGGGGCGCUCUUCCCCUCCCCCCGCCCGGUGCAUUCUGACGUUGCGCGGCGGGGAGGGACGGCCCAUUAGCGGCCGCUGGGACGGGGGCUCCCAACAUGUCCGUGCUGCUGGCUUCGCUCGGACUGCCACAGCGGACGACCGCGAAGGGAGAGGCCGUUGCGUGAAGAGGAGGCGGAGGCGGGAGAGACGGCUGCUGCUGCUGCUCCUCGAGCUGUGGCCUAACCUCAGCCCUAGUCGGGAGAGACGGAGGCCGCCUGCGCGCGCGGGCAACUGGGGGGCUUCUAACCGAGCGGCGAGCUUGCGGCGCCAGGUACAGGCCCAGGCCGGUUCCGCCUGAGGGAAAGCGGGGGAGGGGAAGGGAGGGGAGAGGCUGGCGGCGAGGAGGAGGACGGGGCCUCGUCAGGCAGCAGGCCUCGAGCGCGGGUUGGCUGCGGGAGGAGGGCGGGAAGAGGGCGGCUUGGGUUCGGGCCUUCACUCGGGGGUUAGGCCUGCGCUGGCGUUACGGGCGGCAUCGGCGGGGGCUUCUGCGUACUGCGUAGUUCGGAGCGGGAGGGGCGAGGCGGCCGAGGAGCAAUGGCUGGAUUUGUGGCUGCGUUGUAAGACUCCGGGUAAGAGGAGGGAGCGGGGCGAAGAGAAGGGGAGCGAGGAGGAGAUCCGGCGGUCGUUGGUCGGGGUGGCGGGAUGGAAACGGGUGGCUGGGCGGGCGGCAGCGGGGGGGGGGGGAGAGAAACCUCUUCGUCUCGCGUCUCAUGGCAGAUCGGGCUGAGUGGGAGGGGAGGGAGGAGCUGCUGCCGCUUCUGCUUCGGGCCUCGGUGUGGGAUGUUCAGUUUGGGAUUGGGCGUGGAGUCGGGCUGUUGAAAAAGGAGAGAGGCCUGAGCUUGAUAGGGGAGAGGUUGGGAUGCCGACUGGGGAGGGAGAGGUGGGGGGACGACGACGACGACGACGGUCUUCUCGCCAUUGUCUGAGUUAACCCCGGGAAGCAGAGAGGCCUGCAUUGACGGCGAUCUCCCCAUCCUACCCUCCCAAAAAUCACAGUCUGUUUAAGGCCCCGUUAUUUAGUUCCCGGCCACGAUCCUAAAACACACUUCUGUGGGUUUUUUAAGAAUUCACUCCUCCUUCAGCCUGCUUUAAUUUUUUUUUUAAAAAAGGUUGUAAGCACCCAUGUCCGAACGCCUGAAAGUUUUGGACUUGCUGCAGACCGUUAAGAUUAGCUGAAGUGGGCAGUUUUUCGUGUUAAUGUGCUUUCUGCACAGUAUGAGGCUAACCUUUUCUUUUGCGGAAAGGACCUGGCUUUUUGGGUUACCAGUGACAUACGCUGGUUAUAGUUUCGAUCCUGACCAUGUCAGAUGUAGCAGUGGGAAGUAUCAGUGGGGGAUACUUGUGCCUGUAGGUGACUGACCUGGGGUUAAAGUUCUGAUUCGGCUUAUGAAAUUUGCUGGCUGAUUUAGUCUUCACUAUUUUCAUAUAAAUAAUAGUUACUUAUGUGUUAAAAGUGAAAACAUAGUAUAAAUACGUUUUAAGGAAGGCAGUCUGUAGGCUUACAUCAUGUUCCGCUUAUUUGAAGAUAGGUCAAGUGAAAGGUGCAGGAUUUUGGAUUUGGGUCAGGGUUGAAAAACUAGUGUGGUGGAUUGAAAAUUAUUGGACAGGAAUAUUUGGGAAAGGUUGCUAAAUAGGUGAAGACUAGUUUUUAAUUGAACAACUUGGCUUUAAUGUUUUCAGACAUUUUGAUUAAGAGUGUUCAGCUUAGCCAUGGAAAGCCAGGCUCAAAUCGCUGCUCAUGUCUGGUGGCUUUUGCUAAAUUAUGGUUUAUCAGCUACCUCCCCAGGGUUUUAAAAACAGUCACUUGCCAAAAUCUCCCACUUUGUAGAUUGUAUGGCUCCCUCCUUUGUGAUUUGUCUCUGUGGUCAUGGGCUGCAGGAAACAGGCCCAUGGGUUAACACUGCUGGGGUAUCUGCUGCUAUUCACCUUCAGCUGAAAUUGGGUAAGGGUAACAGGCUUAGGCAAAGUUAUUUACCAAGCCUGCCUAAUCCUUCCCCUUGCUGCCAGCUCUGUACGCCCCCUUCCUCAGUUGCCUGUUACUACUACUAUAGAUUUCUAGCCGUAAAUGGAUAGGAGAAGCUGUUCUACACAAUCAUGGUAGCACUGUUGUUUUUUGUUCUAUUCUUUUCUAUUCUGUGUACUCCUUCCAUAAUGGAAAGUUGAGAAAUAUAGGCAGAAUAAGCUGCAUAGCUUUUUCCACCUGGCGGGGGGGGGGGGGAGAUCAUUGCAAUAGAAGUGAGAAGAAAAUUCUAACAAUUGUCCCUUUAUGUGGUGCAGUUGAUGUGCCCUAAACAAGCAGGUAACUGGGGAUCUGUAGCUUUAUGUUUAGGCCUGAGUUAUCCUAGUGCUGGUUCUUAUCUGGGAAAUCCUGAAAACUUAGGUAUUGCACAGACUUUAAAACUGAGGGCCCAGGAUACAUGUCUGUGUUCAGCUGAGCUUGUGCUUUUUACACCUCAGCCUGGAUAGCUCAGUGGGUUAGAGUGUACAGUGGUACCUCCGGUUACAAACUUAAUUCGUUCUGGAGGUCCGUUCUUAAGCCGAAACUGUUCUUAACAUGAGGCACGCUUUUAUUAAUGGAGCUCGUUACCAGAAGCAUUCGUAAGGAGGACGGUACAUAACCCGAGGUUCCACUGGAGUGCUGAUAAUGCCACGGUUGCUGCAUAUUUGGGUUGGACUAGAUGAUCCUCAGGGUCCCUUCCAACUCUUUUGAAUCCAUGAACCAUCUUGAUAAUAUGUGUGAAUAUUAUAUGGAUGCAUGGAUGUGGACAAGAAGAAUGUGGCAAUGGAAGUCAAUUGCUGUGGAGUUUUGCCAAAGCCUAAGUACCAUCUUGACCAUUUUAGCGCUUAUGAAUGUUUUAUCUUUUAAGCAGAGGGAAAAUUGAAAUGGCUCAGAAGCUUGGUUCCUUCCAACCCCUUCCAUCCCUCAGCUUUGAACCCUAACAUACAUUUUCUCUCCUCCCAACCACUUCAAACCUUCUUUACUUAGUGACCAAUGUUAAGGGUGAAGUUAUUUUUAGCUCCAUGUUUAAUAAAUUUUGUACUUCAUCUGUAUCCUUUAAAAGCACUGCCAAUUUCUCAGAGCCUAAAGGCUAAGUAUCAGUUUUAAUUCAGUGUUGAUUAAUAUUAUUCAUUGAAAGCUACUGAAAGUAGAUGGCCCAUUGUUCAGUCAUCCUUUUUUAAUCAAUGCAGACUUUGCCUGGUUUUUUAUGGUUGAAAUUGAGAUUGCAAGCUCCUUGGUGUAGAGACCUGUGCCUUGCUUACAAUACUCUAUAAAGCACAAUAUGCUUUGGAUUAUAAAUAAUAGAAAUACCUUCCAGUGUUUCAAAGAGGUUCAGGCUUUGGCAAGUCUCCAUGUGAAAUAAGUUGUGUAAGAAUGCAUGACAUACAAUACCUAGUAAAUGUACCAGUUGAAAUUUUUAGUGGACUAGUAAAUACCGGUACAUUUGCAUAAGUAGCUUAUAUAUAAAGUAGGCCAGAAAUAGGACAGAUUCUGUGGUCCUUUGGUGAUUUCAGUUGACCACUUGCAGCGUGAUAUCUAUCCUCAUGGCGAGGAAAGUGCUUUGUGGUUCUGUUAUCCUGCUUUCCAUGUGUUAAUAAUGCUUGCAUUACAGCUUGGCCAGAUGCUAAACAAAUUCAGUUUACCAUGUAGUUGCAACCAUGAUACAAUAAAUGGUAAAUGAGAACACUAUGUGUAGUAGUUGGAGAGUAGAGGUGAACUUUGAAUAAAAUGUAUGCUAAAUAUAUUAAUAGGAAUUGGACAGUUGGGAAGGUAGGUAAAAAGUAAAAGCCUGUUCUUCUCAUAUUCAUAAAGUUUUAGCCUGAAUAUUAAGAAGCAUUUUCAGAUACUGAGACACUUGGCAACACGUUGAAAUUUGGCUACAUAUUAGGGAGCAACAUGGUAUGCACAGGAUUUGACUUGAAAUAUGAGAUGGCAGCAAUAAUAAAAUUCUAUGUAUUUAUAGCCAUAGACCUAGCUUGCACAUAAUACUUAGCCAUGAUUUGUUUAACAAACCACUAGUUAACCACAAAUUGUCAAACAAACCUAAUUCUCCAAAGUCUGAUUUGUUUUCUGCCUGCUAUUGCCUCAUGCCUUUGUAGGUUGGGGUGGCCAUGGUUAAAGAAGGAUGUUAGGUUCAUGCAUAACAUGAUAGGCUAUAGUUAAAGCAAGCCAUAAGCCAGUAACAGACUGUGGCUGCAGAUCUCGUAACAAGCUAUGAUUUAGCAGUAUGUGUUAACCAGUCCAUAUUCUGUAUUUGAACAAUAUUUCAGAGAACUGUAUAGGAAACUUGGCGUGGAAGAAAAGUUAAAUUAAUUGAGUUGCAUGGAAUAGUGGGCUGAUAUGUAGUCUGCCUUUCCAAAUCUUUUGGAAAUUUAUACAAUUUAGUUCUCUAAAUGUGUGUUUGUGGUGGAAUGAUUUUUCUGCUGAUCUUUGUGUAAUAUAUUUAUACCCCACCUUUCCAGCAAGGAGCUCAAGCUGAUAUACAUGGCUCUUCCCAUCUCCAUUUUAUCCUUGCAGCAACCCAGUGAGGUAGGCUAAGCUAAGAAAAGGUGGCUGGUCCCCCAUUGAGCUUUAUGGCUGAUUGGAAAUUUGAACCUGGAUCUUCUACGCCUUAGUCUAACUGGCCCUACCAUGCUGGUAGGUUGUUUUCCAAUGUCUGGUAACAGGGUGACGUUUAAUUCAUAGCUAGCUAGUUAAAGGCGGCAGCGGGGGAAGGAAUCCAAUCUUCUCUUUAAAGAUUGCCUCUUGUUGAAAUCUUCUGCAGGCUCUUUGUCUUUUACCUCUCACCAGUGGUUCCGCUUCAUUCUAGAUUGUGCGAUAAAGAGUCAGUUGUGGUAUUUUCUAAUAUGGCAGAAGUACUACUAUUUUAGCACUCUUCUCAGCCUUCUAACCUAUGAUAGAAUGUGGAGUCUGAACAUAAAAAUAUAUAGCAGCUAGGAUAUAUAUGUGACCUAAGAGGUUAAAAUGAUGGCGUCUAAAGAAGGAGAAUAAUAUUAAUAAAGAGCAAAACAAGGGAUUUUGUGAAGAAUUUGGCACAACUGAAAACAUACAAGAUAUACUCUUAACUGUAUUUGGGUUAUUAUGAUUGUAAAAGUUUGUGUUAAGACUGUAUAUAAGUAAUAAUAAAGAAAAUAUAUGGGGGGGGGAAUCCAUAGCAGCUAACAUCUCAUCCUGUUUGCAAAUAGAGUCCCCAAGUUCUGACUUCUUAACUAAUUAAUGCCUCAUAUAGGAUCUUGCUCCCAAGUAUUCCAGCCACUUACUGGAUUGUGCUAAUAGUUUUGUUGUGAAAUAGUCUUCUACUGUUCCUUUAAUAAUGCUAAAUCAUUGUCCGUUAUCUUCCCCAAUCUCAUAGUGGCCUAGCUUCUGCUGUGCCAUAAUUCCUGGUAAACCUGCUUAUUGCUCUUUUCAGCUUCACCAUGUGAAAGCUUUGGAAGCCAGCUUUAUUUGUAAAUGUGGUUUUUGCAGGUACCUUAACAGUAAAGUAUAGCAAAUGAGGUGUGGACCAGAUGUGUUCAUAGACUUAAAUAUCAGAAUCUAAUCUGGGUUAAUCUGUCACAAAUUGCUUGGAAUAAACUUUGGGGGGAAAAAAUUUUUUGUUACACAAUGCCAAUUUCAUCAAUUUCCAAGUCAAGGAAAAUAAUUGUAUUUUUCACUACACUGUCCUUGUUCAGCUAUCUGCAUUACUGAAUUUGUAAUAUUAUUAUAUACCCCUCAUGCUUUGGAUUAUUUGAGUACUGUUUAUGCCAACUCCCCUACCUAUCCAGGGAUGAUUUUUGCAACUAUGAGUUCUGAUAUGAACUCUAAAGUGAACUUGUUAGUUCGACAUCACAAGGACAUUUCUAUUUGCUUAAGUGAGUGAGAGAGAGAAAAAGUCAGGUCUGUACUGUCAGUUGAAGAGAAGGGAAUUUUUUGGCACACAGAGACUAGGUGAGAACUAGAACAGCUGUUAGGUUCCUAAUAUGUUUGGAAAUUGAGAAUUUGACUGCUUCCAAUUAUACUGCAUACUGUCAUGUCGUGACAUUUACAUAAAAUACUGCAUGUUUCCUGACUGGCCCUUUGCCUGCUAUAGGCAUCAUUCUGUAUACAGUCUUUGGGCUACUUUAUCAUUUACCCAAUGUAGAUGACAAUGCAUCAUUUUAUUGUGAUCCUGUUUCUGAUAAUGCUGCUGUCUAUUUAAAGAGGUUUUAUGAAAGUUCAUAAUGCAGGUUAAAAAUACAAAUUAAAUAUGUAGCUUAGUAACGGCAGUAGUGUGUUAAUAAACGUGUAUUAAUAAACACUUGGGUGUACUUAAAUAAAAAAAGUCAGUGUAUAUUUAAUGCAUGGAUCUGGGACAGCUUAUGCUGGAAACAGUCAGGUUUAUAAACGUGCUCCAAAGCAUCCGAAGAACAUGUGCAGGGGCUUUGGAGGCACUUGAAAAAAGUAAGCUUGUGGUUGCUUCUGAGUACAAUAGAGCUCAUUUUAUUGUAUAUACUAUUAAGUCAAAAUCACUAUUUUAAUAUUGAAAUGACAAUUAUAACUUAUUUUUUAACGUCAACACUUCAGACCUGCAUAAUUGCAGGUAGGUCUUACUCAGCCAAAAUAACACCAUCCAUGCACAACAGGAGAGAUCAGCAGGCUUGGGGGAAUUAAAAGAAAUAUAACCUCCUGCACCAAAACUCUAGAAAAAAAAUUGAAAGAAGAAAAACCUCAAAAGGGCCCAGUGAGGACUGAGCCACAGAAGACUGACUGGCUGGGGGAGGGGAAGCGGAUAGACUGGUGAUCUUUUGAAAGAUGCUGUAUUUCUAAGUGAAGGGUAUGGUAGGAAAGGAUUUGCACGCUACCAGGUCAUCCUGUAAGUGAAAUUUUAGAUAUGUUGAGGUCACAAGUUACUAGACCUGUGAAGUGAAAUUUUUUCAUCCCACCCUUUUUUCUUAAAAACUUAAAUCAAAACCCACUACUUGAGUUUGUGCUAGAAUGAGGGGAUCUAAAGUCUCUUAGAAAUCAAAUCUCUCUGCUUGGCGCCAAACAACAACAAAAACUCAAAGGAUAAACCCUUAUUGCAUAUUGAAACACCAUCACUAAAAGGAAUAAUUAAGUAAUAGAUUUAUAUUUACAGUAUCUGAAUGAAGAACAAAAAUAAAAUACAGAACACAUGCAUCCUCCUGGCUCUGACUUUGUAUUUAACAUAAUCACAGAAGUGGGUAGUCAGUAACCUUGUAUGUUUUGAGUCUUUUGAAUGGGUCCAUGUGGUGUUCCCACUGUAUCACUUGCUCUUCUUCCCACCAACAGAACUCAGAUUCUCUGAUAAAAAGAUAACUUUGCAGAUCUCUCCCUACCAUAUUAUUUUCCUUUAACAUCAGACUAAUUUCCCAUCAUAUUCCAGUAGACUUUGCAACUAAAACUGUUCUGAAUGCAUAUGUGGCUCAGCCACUUCUCUCUAACAAAAUACUGGGAGGAUUUGCAUAGUACUGUAACUAGGUGCUAGUCCUAGGUUGAACUGUUUUCUUAGCAGUUGAAUCUAGGAGGGGUGCUUUUGGCUAACUUCAGUGCAUAAGUAGAGUACUUGGUUCAAAUUCCACCCCCACCCCAGAUAAGAACUUUACAAAGAUUGCUUGUUAGGUGAACGGUCAUUUCAACACAUGGACAGUUUUCUAGCACUGUCGGUUUGAAGUUGGACCUUCUGUACUAAACAGUAGCAAACAAGGAUUGAACAGCAGCAGUAAAAAAUAAAAAGUGGGGGGUAAAGAGGACUUCACUGAACACUUACAAUUUCUCCAAAUUUUCUGACUUACUUUUCCUUCUCUGUCUAUUGAAAACUUCUUGCCUUAGACCACUGUAUCCCUUCUCUGGGCUAUAUUAUUGAGCACUAGGCCUAAAUUAUAAGCUGUUGUGGAAAGUCAUAUUAAAUAAUUUCAUGAAAUUUAAAAGGAACUGUUUUGGUGGUGUUAUAUUAAUCACUAGUUGAAUUUCCAUUAUAAAAUAUUUUGCCUUUUUAAUAGCCAACUCAGUUUUCCUUGUGCUGGUCCUUACAUAGCCAAAAUGGCACCAUUUGCAUAUGAGGGGGAUUCCUAAAGAAUUGCAAUUGUUUUUUUAAAUGAAAAAAGCACACAUUUGGCUCUAAAUAGCAAAUCACAGUAUUAUGGAAGCAUAGUGGUAUCAGUGGUAUCUGGAUGAUGGGUUCAAGCCCUCAGUCAGUCAUGAAGCUUUACUGCAUGACUUUUGGCCUGUCACUGUUACUUGGCCUAGUGUUAGCAGAGGUGCUAUGCAUGUACAACAACAAAUUUUAGUGGAAAAAUUCUGAGUUAUGAAUAGAUUGAAGUCUUACUAUUUCACAUGUUUCUUCAGCAGAGAAGAUAAAACUGAAACCAUUUCAGCAACACCUUACUUUAGGUGUGAUUACACCUGUAAUCACUAUUCCUAAAGAGAAACAAUGUUUGAAGUAAAUUUUUAAUGAGAUAACCUUGACAGUGCUGCUAUUCAGUUUGUUUAAAACCUGACAUGGUUCUCGUUGUCAGAGCUCUCCUUUCAAGAUGCCAUGACAUAAUGCUAAAUCACUCUGAAGACCUAGAGCUGUAAUUGUGCAAGGUGCAAGAGGGGGGAAACGGAAUGUGGAGAAUGGACAUCUUUGAUGAAAAGAUGCUAAUCAUAAAGGACCUGCUCAGGCAACAAACAGUUGAGGAUGAUAGUUGCAAGAGGAAGAGUGCAGCUAGCGUUACACUUCUUGUCUCAGAUUCUUCACAGAUCCCCCUCCCUCCCAAAAUCUGGGUGCAUGUACCAGGAGCUACACUGUAGCUAGAGUUGAAGAUGACAGAACAAAGAACCAAAGGUAGAGUUUGCAGGGGUAGAGGAUGAAGAACUCUUAUCUCCUUAAUUGAGCUAUCAUAUAUAUAUAUAUAGAUAGAUAGAUAGAUAGAUAGAUAUUCAAAUACAGAAUAAAAUUAUACACUCCAUACAUCUUAGUUGCAUCUUAUUUCUCUUUUUUCGACUUCCCUCAACUUGUCUGCGAAUCCUUCAUUUUUUAACUUUAAACACAUUUCCAUUUUAUUAUUUAUAUUAUUACUGUGAACUUCAUCCCAUUUUAAUACUUAUUUCCCAUCACAAUGCUUCAUUAAAACUUACAAACGUAAUCUGAUUAUCACUUAAUUUUUGCAAAUAUUCAAUAAAUUUUUCCCAAUCUUCUGUGAAUGUUUGAUCUUGUCAGUUUCGGAUCCUUCCUGUCAUUCUGUCCAGUUCUGCAUAGUCUAUCAUUUUUGUUCUCCAUUCUUCUAACGUAGGUAGCUCCUCCUGUUUCCAUUUCUGGGCCAUCAGUAUUCUUGCUGCUGUCACUGCAUAUAAAAAUAACUUCUUUUCUUUCUUAUUUAUCUCGUUACCUGUAAUGCCUAAUAAAAAUGCUUCUGGUUUCUUAACAAAUGUAUAUUUCAACAUUUUCUUCAAUUCAUUAUAAAUCAUUUCCCAAAAGCUUUUUACUUUCUUACAUUCCCACCACAUAUGAUAAAAUGUACCUUCUUUUUCUUUACAUUUCCAACAUUUAUUACUUGUCUUACACAUUUUUGCUAAUUUUACCGGAGUUACAUACCAUUGAUACAUCAUUUUCAUCACAUUUUCUUUUAUAGUUGUACAUGCAGUGAAUCUUAAACCUUCUUUCCAUAAUUUUUCCCAAUCUUCCAUUUGUAUAUUAUGUCCUAAGUCUUUGGCCCAAUCAAUCAUAACUGAUUUUACCUCUUCAUCCUUUGUACACCAUUCUAACAGUAUCAUUUAUAUUUUUGCUAGAAUUUUAAAAUCAUUAUUCAAUAUUUCUGUCUGGAAUUUUGAUUCUUUGUCGGCAAAACCCCUUUGAUUCAAAUCUUUUUUAAACAUUUCAUUAAUUUGAAAAAAAUGCAACCAAUCAUUAACAUAUUCCUUAACUUCUUCAAAUGGUCUCAUUUUCCAUUUACCUUCUCUUUUACUUAUUAGCUUCUCAUAUGUCACCCAUCCCCCAGUCAUAUUGACUUUCUUCACACUCAUCGCCUCCAACGGCGAUAACCAAUAUGGAGUUUUUUGUUCCAACAAGUUUUAAUAUCUUUCCCACACUUCAAUCAGAGACCUUCUUAUGAUGUGGUUUACAAAUCCUUUAUGUACACGUUUCUUGUCAUACCACAAAUACGCAUGCCACCCAAAUCUAUGAUCAAAACCUUCCAAAUCUAACAAAUCAGUAUCUUCUAAUUUCAUCCAUUCCUUCAACCAACAGAGGCAGGAUGCUUCAUAGUUCUAUUUCAAAUCUGGCAGGGCGAAGCCUCCUCUUGCUUUCACAUCUGUCAAUAUCUUAAAUUUUAUCCUCGGCUUCUUACCCUGCCAGAUAUACCUUGAAAUUUCUCUUUGCCAAUUUUUGAAAAUUGCUGCCCCUUUGAUUACUGGAACCGUUUGAAACAAGAAUAACAUCUUCGGUAGCUCCUUAAUUGAGCUAUCAGCAGUGGUUUCUCUAUAGAUGACCCAUAGUUAAAUCAUGUGAAUUUUAGGACUCAAGUAAAACUGCAUGCACUUAGGAAAUGAAUUGGAAGUGCAUCUACUCUUGGCCCUGGCCCCUGGCCCUAUAUGCACUGCUGGUUAAAUGCCAGUAUCCCCUUUAUAUUGUGUUGUGGGUACAACCAGAAAACAAGUGGCAGGUCACACAAUGGCUGGAACCAGAUCCUAGCUACCAAUCUGUGUGAAAGAUAGUUGUCUCUGGCAGUUUCUCAGUAGAUAAAUCCUUAAACUUCAGGUGAGGUUAGGAUACACAUAGAAUAUGGGUUGGGGGUCUGGGGCUUGUAGAAUCAGGACCUAUCCUGAGGAGGGAAGAAACACCUGCACUUACUUAUAAAUUAAGUCCUUUUGAGUGUUGAUUGUUCCAGUAUGCCAAUUGAUGGGCAUAGCUAUUAAGUUUAAUCCCUUCUCCAGUCAUGAGGAAAGAUUAUUUGGAGAACCCCUGGUCUUCUAGAUGUUUUACUUCAACUCCCAUCAUCCCCAGCCAGUAUGGCUGAUGGGCAAGAAUAUAAUCCACCAGCAUUCAGAGCAGGGGCCAUCAACCUGUUUAUCUGUGAGCACAUUUAGGUGAGUGUUGUGAGCACAUUUAGGUGAGUGACUCCUGGCCAGUUGUUUCUCCCAAUUAGUGCCACCUCAAACUUCACUUUUCCAAGGGAUCUCUGAUCCAGUAGAAAUAAUCUGAACCUUGAAGAACAUAAACCUGAAAUAGGGUUACUCUUCCAGCUUCCUCCUUCAGCUCUAUGUACUUCGCAGUGGAGAAAAGAGUAAGUAACCUUACCACCAAAGGGGCAGUUGGAAGGGGAUGCUCUCUCAGUAGCUUUGGUAGGUACCAGAGAAGGACUUCAAGAACAUCAUUGGAGAUAACUAAUGUCUUCUUGAGGGAUGGAGUUCUAAAGAAGGCAGUGGUGAAGCCACAGUAAGAGCUGUUCAGUGAUGGAACAGACUCCCACAAGAGAUGGUGGACUCCCCUUCCUUGGAGGUUUUUAAACAGCAGUUGGAUGGCCAUCUGUUAUGUAUGCGUUAGCUGCGAUUCCUGUAGCUGAGAUUCACUGCAUUCCUGCAUUGUAAGGAGUUGGACUAGAUGACCCUUGGGACCCUUCCAACUCUGAUUCUAUGAUUCCUUAAUCUAGGAGUGUUAAUCAUGGACACUUAAGCAUCCCGUUGUUCAGUAAAGUAGUACAGUGGUACCUCGCAAGACGAAUGCCUCGCAAGACGAAAGAGUUUUUCGUUUUUUGAGUUGCUUCGCAAGACGAAUUUCCCUAUGGGCUUGCUUCGCAAGACGAAAAAUGAAAAAACGAAAAUGUCUUGCAAGUUUGUUUCCUUUUUCUUAAAACCGUUAAUACCCAGGGUGACUUCGAGGAGCAACUCAUAGCACGCGGUGUGGUAGCCUUUUUUGAGGUUUUUGAAGACUUUGGUGAUUUUGAAGACUUUGGGAAACCAUGCUUCGCAAGACGAAAAAACUCGCAGAACGAAUUAAUUUCGUCUUGCGAGGCACCACUGUAGUUGGACAACUCAAACCAGUGCUUGGAUUAUACUGAUUAUUUGGACCCUUUGCAGUAAGAUUCAGAUCUAGUUUUGGGACAAGGUCCACCUUGGUUGCCAAGGGAAGGGGUAUGUGUGGGUAGGGGAGUAUGACACUAUUAGUUUUUUGGACAUCUGUUUUCAGUACCAUUAACCACAGUAUCUUUUUGGACUACUUCUCAGGAUUAGAACUGAACACAUGGUCUUGUGGCUGUUCUGAUCCUUCCAAAAUCAGAUGGUGGUGCUGAUAUACUUCUGUUCCACCCCUUGGCCAUUGGGGUACUUCCUUGUUGUAUCUUGUCCCCGUGUGGGUACAAGGUAAACUCAAGAGGGAGCAGAUUCCUGAUCCUACCAGAAGAAAGAAUCCUGCAGCUGCUAUAGUCAUUGUCUUCUCUUUUAACAUUAAGGUCAGGAAAAGAGCACGCAAAAAGCCUGCCCAAGUGCAGCAUUGUGUUUUCCCAUAUGAGGAAAACUGUGUUGCAUUGUGGCAGUUGUGAUAGGGGGUGGAGAGUCAUGUGAGGAAAUGGAUACAGAAGCAGAUACUCCCCCAACAUUUUUUGUAAAUGAAAGCUACAGUCCAAAAUAUUCUUAGAACGCUAUGUUGGGCAAGUCUUCAUUUUUUAUGAAUGACAGUGCAUGGGAAAGCUACACAUUGUUAACUCCAAGACUUUCCCUCACAUAAUGUAUCCAGUCAUACUUGACAUUGUGCAGUAUAUUUUACUAGUAUCUCCAAUUCAUUGGAUGGGUUCAAAACAAAUAUAGAAUCCCUGUUGAUGCCAAAUCCAGAUCAGCUAAGAUCUUAAGGAUUAUAAAUAGGCGAUAGGCAGUGAAGAACAAGAUAGCAUUUAAACUGCUUAUAGCGGCUUUCCUUCAACAAAAGUCAGCUUCUAAUAUUUUGCUGAAGUUGCAAUAAUUAACUCUUUAAAAUUGGUUCUUUUAAGUCUCUCCUGUGUAUGUUCAUGGCCAGGGACCACUGUGUCGAAUUGUUAUUGAUGAUACAAUGAUUCAUAUUGUCUAAAUCUACAGCUUCUGACAAUUCCUGAAUAUAUCCAUAUUUUAAAAUCAGUGCUACAUGAUAUAAGUGUUGAAACCAUUUAGUUGGUGUUCCUUCACUUUCUCUGUUAUUAAUAAGAGGUGAAUAUUUUAGUUUGAUAUGGGCUUCAUACACUGGUAAAGAUGCAGGAUUGUAAAAUGUAAUUUCUUGUACCCACAUAAAUUUAAGCACAAAUAACCAUUAACUUCAUGUGUUUUCUAUUAAAAACCAGCAAGUGCACAUUUAUGGAAAGUGCUCAGAUUAUAUAGAAAUAUCUUUUAGAACCCCAGAGGUAGUUGCAUAAUGUUGCAAAAAAUUACCAUGUUAGCCUUUACAAUCACUGGUCUAACUGUUCAUAAAACAGUUGUAGAAAUAGUAGUAGUUCCAGUGGUUCAGCAAGACAGGAGUAACAUAUUUCUCCUCACUAUAAUUGUAUAGUAGCAGAAGCCUGAAUAUGUGUUGCCAGGAGCCCAUAGUGUUUGACUAGGUAAACUGUCUUAGUAAUUCUCAUGUUUUAUGGGCCAGAGACUUGAUUUCUGAACUUCCAUGGCUGGCGACUCUGCAGCCUCUGGGAAUCCAUGGCCGGCUACUCUGAACUGUUUUUCAAGUUUGUCUUGUCAAGUUUGUUUUGUACUUAUUUAUUAACAGGAUUAAAAGAAAAGGCUAUCCUCAACCCUCAAAACUAGUUCCAAUCUAGCAGUCUUGUCUAAACAGGGUUCAGAUUAUUAGGAAUGGGGUCUUCUCAACAGGCUAAAUGCUUUGUUUCCAUGAGUCUGGUGCCAAAAUGCUUGAACUAGUCAAUGAAGUAAAUUUGCAGGCUUUAUUGUAGAGUAAAGCAACCCUGUAAGUGGUCACUUUAUAGAGCAAAUAGAGUUCUGAGUGUUUGACAGACUUUUCUAAAGCUCAGCGAUAUGUUAAGCACAGUAUAAAUGGAUAAACAAUUCCUGGUUUCGUAUGUGUUUCUGAAGCAUGUACUAUAAGAAGAGUGACAUAAGGGUAUUUUACUACAUUCUUAGUUUCCUAGUUUUGUUGUAUAAUCUAGAGGUACUAAUUACUACUACUUUUUCUCUUAGGAAAUUCCGAGUUAAAAUAAAUGUUGCAUCCUGCAUUAUCUGAAGCCUUUCAAGCUUAAUCAGUUCCUGUUGGCUGAAGGAAUGUAAACCCUAAGGUUUUAGAUCUGUGCAAAAAUUGGCAGAGCUGCAGUUGACAGGUAAAUACUGUUUUUACUGUAGACGCAGUGCAGUGAAACACAUAAUUCGUCUCUCUACAUGUUGGAACCAUAUUAAUUAAUAGCAUUUAUUUGUUUAGAAUAGAUACCUGAUAAAAAAAUCCAUUUCCUUUUAAAUAUCCAUUAUAUCUGUGAUCCUUCAUUUUCAGGCUGUUAAAUGGAGGUCAGCUAGUGGUAUGCCUUUAGUAGUAGCAGCUUACAAUUUCUGCAAUCAAAUAUAGGGCACAUUUAAGUAUAUUCUCUUACAUGCAUAUAUUCAUUAUGAAGUUGCCCAGCACUGCUUUAGAGAGUUUUUCAUGCCUUAUUCCUGUGCACUACAAAUCCUGUUUCCUAGAGCUAAAGUUGGCAGUUCCAGGCAACAAGCAAUUCCUGGAUUUUAGAUUAUCAGAAAUGUUGGAAAGAAAUAAAAUAAAAGUGUACUUGCAGACAUCUGCAUAUCCAAAUGUCUAUAGCUAUGCUCUGCCUACACUGUCAGAGGCAAUAUGCCUCUAGAUACCAGUUACUGGGAUUCUCAGGUGUGUAGAGUGCUGUUGCACUAAAAGUCCUCAUUGCAAAGGCAUUUCGUUUGCCUCUGUGAUAACAGGAUUCUAGGCUAGUUGUCCCAGUAGCCUGAUCCAGGAGUGUCUUCUCAAACUAUUAUCUAGAUCCAUGCUACAUUGUUAAAUUGUUUGUGCUCUCAUAAUCCAGUGACCUCCAGUGUAGGUGCCACUAUUGGCCAUAUGCUUCAUGGUAUGUAGCCAGAACUGUUGGGGAGACUCAUUCCACAUACACUGUAGCCCAGUAGAAUUGAUAACAAGUUGCAAAAUACAACUUGAUUGUGGUAGCCUUUCGAAUUGCGAUUACUUCCCUAAAGUUUUAUUGAUACUCAACUUGCUGAAUAAGAUAGUUGGCAAAGUUCUCUCUCCAUUAUUCAGAAUAAUUAAUGAAACCUCAGACUUGCCCCUCUUAAAGCAUUGUUUGCCAUUGUAUCUGAACUGAAAAGUUGUGAUUUGCCUUUGACCUCCAAAGCAGGGUGGCAGUCCUUAGUUUGGAGGGCAAGGGAAAUCAGUUUGCUGGUUCAGGUAGAAUGGUAAAUUGGUUUACCUAAAAAACAAAAGGAAAGAAGACCAUGUAGUAAGGGUAGCUUGUUGGCAUAAGGCUCAUUCCCCAAACAACAAACCAGAUUACACGUGAAAUGACCUGUUGGUACUAGCUCACAGUUACCUGUUCAUAAAUGAAAGUAAUAGUUUAUCUCAUAUAUGUGUUCUGAACUGAAAUGCUUACAUUUUGCACAUAAGCAAUCCUACGUAUAUAAAUGAAGCACAACUAAAAUAUUUGUGAAGCUUUCUGAAGUGUAUUUUAAUGCUGAACGGUAGUGAUCCUUUUCAGAAGAUUUCAUUCUAAAGCUGCUUGACUCUUAAUAUAUUAGUCGUGUGGUGUGUUGUUAUGAGGACCUUUUUGAAAUUGUGCUAUUAUUCCUCUGCAUCACUGGUUCAUAGAAUGUAGCAAAUGCUACCUACUUUAUGUUGUGUUAAGGUAAAAUAGAUGUUUCAACAUACCAUUUUAUCACUUAUGGUGGUUGUGUAGGGAGAUAGUGUACUCAAGCAAAUGUUUAAAAGAAUGUUUCCCAAGAACCCAGCUUUUCUUUGGGGAAUAAUAAUGACAGAAAUCCCCCAAAAAACAAAUUAACUUAUGGAUGGAUGUAACAACAGCUGCCCAAAUUCUAAUUGAACAAAAAUGUCGAACAGAUAUUGUCCCAUCAAGAGAAGAAUGACAUCUCAAAAUACUAGAAUAUAUAAAAUUAGCCAGUAUGACAAACAGAUUAAUAAAUAAAGAUAAGAGACUGAAAGAGGAUUGGAUAUUACAUACAGAUUAUAUGGAAAAGUUUUAUAACAAGAAAAUUAUCGUAACAGGUUGAAAAAACAGCAGUAUAUGUUACAACAUGAGAUUAUGUAAAAUAUUGAAAAUAAUUUAGAAGAGUAAGAAAAUGCAGUUAAAAGAUCAGAUAGGAAACCAUGGAAAGAGUGGAAGGGAAUUAAAAGUAAAGAUAUAUAGGAUUUAAAUAACUUGAAAGAAUGUAGUUAUGUUAUUAUUAUUACUACUUGUUCAUGUUUUAUAUUUAUUCAAUUGUCUUUCUUAAAAUUUGUGCAUGACUGUAACAUAGUAUGUGUUCUUGGUGAGAUAAAACAAAAAAGCAAAUAAGAAAUAUUAAAAAAAAUAUAUAGAUGUGUCAACAUUCAUUGUAUACCUGUAGAUGUACAUGAAGCAAAAGCUGCUUUUUAAAUUGUAGCUUGGCUUGGUUGCGGGGAACAUAAGAUUCUGUGUUUAUGUUGGAAGACCUUUUAUUUUAUUUUCUUUCUUUUUUUCUUUGUGUUAACAUUUCAAUACAAAGGAAUUAAUCAAACACCUGUAUGCUAGUAUAGGCCAUGGAAGCUCUGGUUUAGAAUGGCAUAGCACCAUCGUAAUCAAUACAUUUCUGUAAUCCAGCUAUAUAAUGGGUGCAUUUAAUUGGUAAACGACAUACAAUUUUGAUUCAGGGAAGGAAGCCAUGAGACAAUCUGUGCAUUCAUAAGAGUCCAAUGGAGUAACACUUAACUGUACAACUUUAUACUGGCUGUAACUGAGAAGUAAGCAUGUUUGCUAAUUUCUGUUUAAAGAAGCAAAUAAAGCACCCUCCCCUUACACAUGGAAACCAGUAUGUUGUGGUACAGGGUUGCAGACAUUAGUUCUCAGUGUGCAAGAUGUUUUUUAUAUGGAGGAGCUUUUAUGUUCGUUACUUUCCCACCUAUAGUCUGAUGCUACAGUCCCUAGAGGUCUGCAUGAGUAGAUUGCUUUCAUAAUACUUAAAAGGAAAGGAUAGGGACAAUAAACACCAGAUAUUAGUCGUCUUUCUGUCUGCCAUGCCAAUCUAUUGUUCACCAUAGUUUUGGCAGCCAUGGUCAGGUUGUGUUGAAUGAUUCAGACAAUUCUUUGCAUGAUUUCUAGUUGAUACUACUUGUAUUGAUGGUCACAUUUUGUUUUGCAGAUUUCUUUGCAAAUUAG